AUGAAGGUCAUCAGCAUCCAGGUCCUCCACGUCGGCAGCGGGCCCUCGAACCCGGCCAUCGCCGUCGCCGCCGCUCAGGACCUCAGCUCGUUCUCCUUCUACCAGCGCGGCACCGUCGGCGAGUUUAUGACGUUCCUCGCGCGCACGGUCGCCGAGCGCACGCCGCCCGGGCAGCGCCAGUCGGUGCAGGAGAACAACUACACGGCGCACGUGUACCACCGCCAGUCGGACCAGCUCGCGGGCGUCAUCAUCUCGGACCAGGAGUACCCGGUCCGCGUCGCCUUCUCGCUCCUCAACAAGAUCCUCGACGAGUUCACGACCAAGGUCCGGAGGGACGAGUGGGAGGACAAGGCGCGGCAGGGGCGGCAGACGGGCAAGCAGGUGCUCGUCGAGUACCCGGACCUCCCCGUGUACCUCCAGAAGUACCAGGACCCGAAGCAGGCCGACGCCAUCAUGAAGGUGCAGCAGGAGCUCGACGAGACCAAGAUCAUCCUCCACAAGACGAUCGAGUCGGUCCUCGAGCGCGGCGAGAAGCUCGACAGCCUGGUCGACAAGUCGGCCGCAUUGUCGGCGAGCUCCAAGUCGUUCUACAAAACGGCCAAGAAGCAGAACUCGUGCUGCGUCAUUGCCUGAUGCACGUUCGACGCCGUCCCGUCGGGCGGGGUGCCCUCUACAGGCCCCGCCGCAUCUCGCCGUCGCCCUGUUCGCUCCCUCGUCGUCGUCCUCCCUUUCUUUCGCCGGGUCGUCCCGGCAGUAUACCUCGUCCCUUCGACUCUCGCCGUCACUGCAGCGUCAUAUUCACCCUAGUCUUGCGCCCGCUCUCUCGUCCAUCGUCUCGGUGCACUUGUACCCCCCCUCUUCUCUCCCUUGUAAACGACCGCGUUAGUCCUCCUU